GGCACCUGAAUUCUUUACCAUCAUAUUAGUCGCUGACAUUAACAUGGCGGCUGACACAGAACAGUGCCAAGGCUACACGAAUAAAGAAAGCGGAGUGACGCGAGCUGGAACUGCGAUCAAGCGCUCGCUUUCGAACGCACGCGACGCUCCUAAUGCCGUCCUCUGAUUGGCCGCUGAGAUCUCAGCUCGCGCCCUGGCCAGCCUAUGAAAAUGCCACACAAGUGAGCAACUGGCAGAGUUGAAACGGCGCCGUGGAGAUGCUGCGCGCACGCUCUGAAGUUCCUCUGCUCCCUGUAAGCGCGCAAGGAGAAUAAACUGACGCCCAACGGUUUUCUGAGAAAAGUCGACGAGGAAACUUUUUAUUGGUUGUAAUUUUAUUUUUUAUAGAAUUGAAUACUUGAAAAGAAAAGGGGAGGGAAAAAAAACCCCGCUCACCGGUCAUGGAUGCUUUAAGAUUUGUGAUGUUUGUGUCAAGUCUGAGCUUCUUUCUCUCUACCAGCAGUGCAAUCCAGAUGUGUGACGUGGUAAAGGAAAUCGAGUUGGAGCGGAAACAAUGUGAAAACCGAACUGCUGUCAAUAUAACUUCAGGCUGCAAAGGAAUGUGGGACAGAAUCGCCUGCUGGCCGACAGCCAGAGUCGGAGAACUGGUGGUAAUUCCAUGUCCAAACUACUUCAGGUACCUCAGCGAGCAGCACAAUGGAGGUAAUCUCUCCAAGACUUGCACAGCAGAUGGCUGGACUGAAGUGCUCCCCAUAAUGAUUUCUGAGAAUUGUGGGUAUAAUCCUAAUGGCACUGUUGAUGAUAUCUCUUCUAAGCAUAAUUUCUACCAGGCGGUUAAGAUCGGCUACACCAUCGGACACAGCGUUUCUCUCAUCUCUCUGACUACGGCCAUAAUCAUUCUGUGCAUCUUCAGGAAACUCCAUUGCACAAGGAAUUACAUUCACAUGCACCUGUUUGUGGCCUUCAUCCUGAAAGCCAUUUCGCUGUUCAUUAAAGACGACGUCGUCCUCUACGAUGUCGUUCAGGAGUCGGACGACUGCUUCACUAGCUCUUCACUAGUCGGCUGCAAAGCUGCCAUCAUCUUCUUCCAAUAUUGCAUUAUGGCGAGUUUCUUCUGGCUCUUGGUCGAGGGCCUGUACCUCCACGCCCUAUUGGCUGUCUCUUUCUUCUCAGAGAGGAAAUACUUCUGGUGGUACAUCCUGAUUGGCUGGGGAGGGCCGAUGAUUUUCAUCACAGCCUGGAGCUUUGCCAAAGCCUAUUUCUAUGACGUUGGGUGCUGGGAACUUAUCGAGAACUCAGACCCGUUCUGGUGGAUCAUCAAAACGCCCAUAUUAGCGUCUAUACUGAUGAACUUCAUCCUGUUCAUUUGUAUAAUUCGCAUACUGCGACAGAAGAUCAACUGCCCCGACAUCGGGAGAAAUGAAUCAAAUCAAUAUUCGAGGCUGGCUAAAUCGACGCUGUUGUUGAUUCCGCUCUUCGGGAUAAACUUCAUCAUAUUUGCAUUCAUCCCGGAACACGUCGAAAGACAGCUAAGGCUGGUGUUUGACCUCAUCCUGGGUUCCUUCCAGGGCUUUGUAGUGGCUGUCCUCUACUGCUUCUUGAAUGGAGAGGUUCAGGCUGAGAUCAAGAGGAAGUGGAGAAGGUGGCAUCUGGAGAGGUUCCUGGGCUCCGGCACUAAGUACCAGCACCCGUCUAUAGGCAGCAACGGCAACAACUUUUCCACUCAGAUUUCCAUGCUGACGCGGUGCAGCCCUAAAACUCAGCGAGCCUCCACCUGCCACGACGACUCCUCCAUCACCAUAUAGCUCAGCAGAGUCACCUGACACAGGACAAUAAUCGUCUGUAGAUCCGCUCAUGCUGUGUGUCGUACGCAUCAGGAUAUGGGUGCAGAAUUCUGUGAAGUUCCUCUCAAUUCAGAUGGCUUGAGGGUUCCACAAGCACUCCACAGCACAUUCUCUAGGGAUAUGAGCUACGUCUGGCUCAGAACUGAAUGUUGAAAAGGUAUUUCCAUAUAACAACAUAAAUUUCGUUUUAACUGUUGCAUCAGUGACAUGCGGUUGCGGUGAUGUGCUGUAACCAGUGUUAGAAAUAUCAGCCAAACAAUGGGCCUCAUUUACCAAUUCAAAUUUACCGCCGGAUUUACAAAAGUUUCGGAAAGGCUGAUUUUCUUCAUACUUGCGUGCGUGUGGUGUUCACCUGUCACGUGCGAAGUGCGUUCCCGACACGGCUCAUUUGCAUGUAUGACGCCCACACAACUCCAUAAAAGGUCAAGUGCACAGACAGCUGGGAGCCAAAAAUGAACGUUCAGGAUAAAAGGCUGAAAGGCAGAAGUGGAAAUGAUUUAGAUUCACUUCUUUGCCAAUACAAAGAAUGAAUAAUAUAUAAUAUUAAUAAUAACAAUAACUGAGGGCUAAAUCUUCCAUCAGCUGAGGCAUUUAUUUACAGCUAUGCGCAGACAGACCGGCCCUCCGUUUAUACUAUACCAUUUAUUUUUCAUAACUGAAUUGAAUUUGUCUUUUUUAUUUUAAUUCAUGGUUUUCCCUGCUGAAAAAAAAACAACAGAAACCAUUACAGAAAUUGUACUGGUUUCCACUACUAAUGCAAACCAUUACAAACCAUCAGCUAACCAUUAAAACCAUUACCAUUAUUAUAUCCACUAGACAUAACAUGCCACCAAUAGAAGGCAACACAUUAACAGUAGAGGCCCACAAGGACCAUUACAGUUUCCAUUAUAUUCCAUUCUAUAAUUCCCAUUAUAACCAUUAAAACCAUUACAAAUUCUAUGAAGGUUUCUAUUGUGGGUUUUUUUUUUUUUCAGCAGGGUCGUGCUGGCUCAUUUUCUUUAUAUAAAACGACUGGUUUUCACAAAAUGUUCUUUGUCUUGGACCUAGUGAACUAGCAUGAAGAUGAGACUCCAAAGCACUUUGAUAAGACGCUCCGGAUAAGAGCGUAUGCUAAUCGCUGUAAACGAUAUAAAAGUACGCCAUUUAGACUCAGCAUUAUGUUCCAUAUAUAAAAGUGCAGUAAUCCAUGCAAAUUAUAUGAUUUGAAGUCGAUCUAGUCGAGGUUUACAUUAGUCAGUCUUCGCAUGCGUAAGUUUACUCACACUCGGGAGCACGAGUAGGUUACAAACAUUUUUUUCCCCCCGGAUUUACGGCAUUUUCAUGAAUACCAAAUUUCUUGUGUAGACGAUUGAUCAAACGAUUUACGAAUAAAUCUGUUUGUAUUCAACUUCAUAAGUGAAGCCCAGUGAGUGCAUACAGAACAAACUGCAAAAAAUCAGAUGGCAAUAAUACAAUCAGCACAAUAAACGCACAUAUGUUGCAAGUAAUCUGAAAACUGCAGCUGUACAUGAUCUAAUCAUUUGACAGGCCCAAAAUUCUGAUAGCUUUAUCAGAUUUCUUGAAAUCCAGUAAGACGUUAAUCUAAUUUAGGAUAACAUCGAGUCAAUCAGAUAAUAAUUGGAUUAUGAGUAUGCAUGUACACACACUUAUUUAUUACAGUGCAUUAUAAUCAGUUCUGGCAACUCAAGUGGUUCAGUAGCUAUUCUGCACAAAGAUGCUGAGUGAUUUGAUUUUGGAUGGUAAAAAUAUUCUACGCAAUAGUAUUAAUACGCAAUAGUUCGGUUCUCAAAGUGGUAAAAACAACACGAAACAGCAUGAGUAUUGGCCCUAUGUAGAUGGAUACGGCUCAAAAGCCUAAAUGGUACUAAGAGAAAAAGUAGACUACAUAAGUGUAAAUAAAAUAAAAAUGAUUAACCAUUACCAAAGACAGGCGUCUGUACAAAUAUUUUAACAGAACUCUUCACUCCAAACUUACUUACACUGCAAGAGCAGUUGUUUAAUUAGAACAAUUAAUGUGUAUGCAAAUCAUGUAUUUUUUUGCAGGCAACGUUCAUGAAUUGUUUAGUUUCAGGUCUGUGGAAAUCUGCAUAAUUAAUCCUUUAAGGGAUGCGACUGCUUUCUGUUUUCAGAGAGAAAUAUAUACAGGUUUUGUGGAUAUGUUUUGCAGGUAGAAACCACAAAACCUUUUGGGAAAGUGUAUUUUUUUUUUUACUGCAUUUCUCCAGUGUUGAAGUGUUAAAUAAAACUGUGUUAUAUAUUCAUGUAUUUAAACAUUUACUGAUGGACUUCUGCAGCUGCCCUUAAACUUUAUUAUAAGUGAGUCUAGAUUAAACACACUUUCUGUUCUAUUCUCAGUACAGACAUGUUGAAAUUAUUGUUUGUAGUAAUACACUACAGUAUACAAUACACUGAAAAAAAUCUUUUUACUAUAUUCCCACAUUUUAUACUGUUUUUGCUGUUUUCUUUUCCCAACUAGGACUAAAUAAUUAGUAAUGAAGCUGAACUCUCCAUUAUAUAACAUCACUGCUGCUUCAUGUUGUCAGUGUCGCUCUUAAUUCGGAAUAUGUUGUCAUAUGUUUACUUUGAAGAAAGUAUACAGCACCAUAACUUAAGUAUGUGGAGUUACUUCUCUGCUUCACAGCAGUGUAACUGAAUGUGAUUGUGUUGUGCUUGAGGGACCCACUAUGUUGUACAGCAGUGUUUCCCAAAUCUGCUCCAUCAACUGCCAUAAUCUGCACGUUUUAGUGUGUUUCCUGCUGGAACAUGUCUCAGAACUAGCUGGCUAAAUGUUACAGACAGAGCAGCUAAGAAUAUAUUUUAUAUCGCAUUAGUAUACAAACAUUUCCUGCCCUGAAAUGACACCCAACUCUCUAUUCUCAACAUUAGCAUAGUGUAUUGUGUGUAUUCUGUACCCUAGCUUACACAGUUUGGGCAUUAACUUACUGCAGAGAAUUGUGGGAUUUCACAAUUGCUAACUAAUAUGCUCAGCUAAGGGUUCGGGCAUGACAACAAAAUAACACAACUACAUAAGUACAUACAUACAGCGCACUAUAUUAGGGAAUUUCAGAUAGCGGCUCAGUGGUAAAACUAACUCACCCUUGUGCAUUGGGAAUCCAUUUGGCCACCGAGACUAUAUAAGGUUAGAAAGUAAUCAUUAGGGUCCAAUCUAAAGUUAUUAUGUCUAUGCAGGAAGCAUUUCAGAAAGAACAACUGAGGGAAAACUUGUUCCUUUUUUUUUUUUUUUCAUGCUUAAUGAAAAUAUGGCUGUGGCAACAGGCCAGCUUAAAUGUUGGUCAAAUUCAAUUAAGAAACAUUAUAUUUAGUCAUAUUAAAUUGUAAAGUAUAAUAAAUAAAACAGCCAAAGAGUGGAGUUGCAUCAAAUAAGCACUUCGAAAGAGAUUUCAUGUUUUAAUCGCUACCUCAGGUCACAACUCGCAGCUCGUACAUUUGCAUUCGUUUGCUUCUCAUUAGACUAAGUGAACAGCGGCUACUAAAUUAAACUAGAGGCAGAGUUGGGAAAUUUUUCUCGCUUCGUCCAUUUGUUCAUUAUCAAAUCGCGGUACUCGUUCGUGUUUACAUAAUCGUCUGUGAUCGUGCGACAGUAAAACGCCAGCUUUUGAAAAAUGGCAUUUAAAGUGUAAUCCCUUUCAGACAUAGUAAGGUCAUUGUAUUUAUUCUUUAAGAAUAGACCGUAUCCAGUGUCCAUGUCUACUAACAAUGAAUAGACACUAGGCUUGAUUUCUAGUGUUUGAGUCAUAAACAUUACCACAUUGAGGCCACUUAAAGCUGGACCAUAGUGAUUACUUUCUAACCUUAUAUAGUCUUGGUGGUCAAAUGGGGCAGUGGUGGCUUGGCGGUUAAGGCUCUGGGUUACUGAUCGGAAUGUCAUGGGUUCAAGUCCCUGCGCUGCCAGGCUGCCACUGUUGGGCCCUCGAGCAAGGCCCUUAACCCGCUCUGCUCCAGGGGCACUGUAUCAUAGCUGACCCUGCGCACUGACCCCAACUUCCUAACAUGCUGGGAUAUGCGAAGAAAAGAAUGUCACUGUGCUGAAAUGUAUACGUGAUUAAUAAAGACUCAUUAUCAUCAUUAUCAUUAUCAUUAUCAUUAUGAUGUGUGUCAAAGGAGGAAACACACUAAAAUGUGCAAUACAGAGAGACAACAGCAGCAGGACAAGAAAACACUGCUGUAUAAACAGGAUCUGGAUUCAACAUGAUUAAUGUAUACUCAUCAGAGGAAACCGCACUGAUUGUGUAGAUCAUGGAGAUUCCAGAAGGCUUUUAUUUCUCUCCUGGGACUUUUUUUUUUUCUUCUUACAUGAACAAAUAACAACCAAAAGUGGAUUGUUGACUAUCCAAAAUAUAAAUGGAGAUACACUGUAGAGAGAAAAUGUGACAUUUCUCCCAGACACCUUGCAUAUUUUGUGAAUGAGUUUCCAAACUACACAGUAUGUGUAUAUGGUGUGUGUGUGUGUGUGUGUGUGUGUGUGUGUGAGGGAGCGAGAAAGACGUGAUGUAUUUAUAAGCUGAAUGCCCUUCUCUGCACUAUCAUUAUCAUUCCCAUAAGGUAUCAUUCCUUGUCGUACAAGCAGAGUCUGUGUUCUUUGCGAUUGUGUUUGCGUUGGUUUAUCACUUAAAGCUGAAGCGUGACCGGACAUUUUUAUGGCUCGACGUCAGAUCCCAUUCAGCGAUAAACAGCGAAACCAAGCUGGAAGUUUACAUCCAAGAAAACGAGUAAAACCGGAUCUGUCAAAAACGGAUCCAAAAUGUCGAUGUUGAUGUUUAGUGUAGAUUAAAAUCCAAGAUUAGAAUAAUUGUGUAUUUAUGGUAGAAUAAAAAUGCCAUGGCUGUAUUUUCAAGAUGAUGCUUUUCUCACUGCCUAGCCUGUAUGUUCUUGUCUGUGUCUAGCUAACAGAACAACCAGUCCAAACCACAUGCUGUACAUAAAGCACACACUAAGGAACGUUUGGUAACACUGUAUUUGAAGGCUACCUACAUGUAUUAACACUGAAUAACAUAAAUAUAGAAUAAUGCAUGAGUACAUAUGUAAGGCUUGGGUCAGUAGUCACGUUAUUUGAUUAUCACUUAAGUUUGGAGACAUUAAAAUUCAUCAUUUUUUGCUCUGAAUUAUUUGUAGUUUUCUGAAGUAAUCAGUUAUCUUGCAUUACUUUAAACCGUUGCUAAUUUACUGUCAAGUAUCUGACAUAAUCCUGAUAUAAUCUACUAAAUGCAUUAUUCAGUGCUUAUUCAUGUGUCAUUGUCUUCAUACCCCUUAAUUUCUUUUUGUUCUUCUAAAUACUAACACAAGCCUUGUAUACAUACGUAUGUAUUAUUAAAUCUCAUUCAGUGCUUACGGAAGUGAUCAAAAAUCCUUAUAUUAAUAGCCUUCAAAUAAAGUGUUGUCUAAAAUAUGUCUGAAGUUUGAGUAUCAUUGUCUUAAAGAACUUGUAUCAUCUCUGAGCUCAUCACGAACACAAUAACGAAGUUAAUAUAUACUGUGGUAUGUUCUUUCUGCUUUGUUUGUGGAUUGCAUUGGAUUACUUAGUGGAAAGUAUUUGCUGUAAAGUGGAAGUAUUUCAGUUAAAGAAAUGAUGAGUAUGUUUAAUUCGCAGCUAGUUCAGGUCACCAGCUUAGUUAUCUCAACACUUUACGUUUAAAAGUAUUUUAUUUCAGCUUGUGUUCUACAGCCAUUGUGUUCAGGUACAGUGUAAAAUAACUUCAACUUACAGUUUCAUUUUUUUUUUUUUUUGUACGAUACAUUAAAAUGAGAUUUCAUUUCACAACUAUUUAAAGCGUUUGUCAAUGUUUAAACAACACAAAUGACCUCUCAUUCAUUGCCAAAAAGAAUGUACGCCCUCACAGAGUAUCAGGUGGCUUUGAUCUGUGUUCAAGUUUUAGUUCAGAUAUACGUCGUGUACUUGGCCAUGUAAAUUUUGUCGCAAAACGACAAGAUGCCAAAAGUUUCCAUCCGUGGUGCUGUACAGGUUUUAUUAAGAUUAGUAAAAUGGUAUUAAAUGAGCUUUUUUUAACAAUGUACCAUUUACACACAUGAACAGCUGAAGAACUGGAUGUUGUGUAAAUUAAUCUGUGUUUGUGUAUUGUCGAAGUGAAGCAAACAGUUCAGUGCAUUAUGCAUGCUGCACAUGCAAUAUCCAGUACACGGCACGUCACAGCCACUAUACAUGACGAGUGCAAAUUUAUCCAACCAUAUCCAAAUAGUCUGAUUAUUUUUGUACUCAAGCUCAAAUGUGCUCACGUGUAUUGUCGCUGUAUGGUAUUUUUGUAAGAUGAAAAGCAAACUAUUCCAAUUCUGUUUUACAGUGUUUACCACUAUACCAUUGCCAAUAAACUACUUGAAUUAUUGUACUCUGUACUAUUACUCAAUGUGCAAUGUGUGUAUUAAUUGUAACUAAAAUUACAUUGACAGUCCUUGAAAUGUACACGAGUGUACAAGAGUUGUAUUUUAACACCUCCACAUGUCAGAACCUGUAUUCCUUUGCAAAUCAACUGAGCCUAAUAUUUUUUUCUCUUGCUUUCAAGAUGCCAUCAGCUUUGUACAGGUCUAUUUUUAUGUGAUCCAACUGUGUGCCUUCUGCAUUUC